AUGGAGCCGCCGGACGACGACGGAAAGCGGUCGCUCUUUGGUGGCAUGCGCGUGCGCUGCGUGACGCCGACAAAGGCGCCUCGGUCGCCCGCCCGGAACUUCCGCGACAUGUGGACCGGCGCACGCAGCGGCGAGACCAAGCCGCCCAAGGCCAAGCGGCAGUGGUUCUUUGACUCGGACGCGGCCAAGGAGCCGCUCGAAGCAUCGACCGUGACGGAAACCGGCGACGACGACGGCGACGGCGAGACGCUGGGCCAUAGCGCGCAAGCCUUCCAACUCGUCGAGUCGUGGUGCAAGGCCAACGAAGUCUCGUUUCCGAUCGCCGAGAAGAGCAGCCGCCGCGAGAUGCAGCAUGCGCUCGAUAUGAUGCUCGCGUACAUCGACGAGCAAGACAACCAGCUCUCGAGCGAGAUCCUUGAGCUCGAUGCCAAAGUCCAAACGGUCCGACGACCGAGCUCUCGCCAACGUCUCCCGUCCCCUUUUCAGAUUCGACUGCCCGAGCACGACACGAGCUUGCUCCCCCACGGGGGGUGCCCCCUCUUGGACACGCUUGUGGUGGUGGGCCCCGAUAUUACCGACGUUGUCAUCUCUCCGUCGCUGCUCGAGACCGUGUUUGAGCCGCUCGUGUGCGCGACAUAUCCACGCCCCGCGCUGUAUGAGAGCCUCCAGCACUUUUGCUUUCCCAACGGCAUUCGACUGCUCGCGGACGCCGACGACGAGAGUCUGGCGCCGUCGUUCUUUCUCUUCGUCUUGUCUGGCGGCGGCGACAUGGGCCAAGACAUGCACUACGCGAGCUGCCUCGUGCGCUGGCUCCCGCUGCCAAAAGACGUGGCGAUGCAGCCCCACGCGUCCAGCGUCCAUGUGCCGAUCGCGUACUGCAUCGUGUCCAAGCUACCGUGUUGGAGCUUCUACAAGCCUCUCUUGCAGCACCUGCACGACUUGCACGGCGCCGAGCUGAUCGCCACGCCCCAAUUGUGGCACGACCUCAGCACCCUCGUCCCCCCCAAGCUCGAGCACCUCUUGUCCAAGAAGCUUGGCCAGUUGACCGAGCUCUUGGUGCCGCCGCCAGGUCAGGUUCUGGACGUUCCGCUCUUCGAGUCGAAUCGCCGCUUGCACCUCAAGCGCCCCGCGCACCGCCGGAGCGUCGUGCCCUUUGGCCACCGCGAGGAAUGCACAGGGCUGCUCUUGCAGUGGGCACUGCCGAUCGUUUUGGACUGCAUCUCGAUGCCUACGUUUCUGAUUGCGUGGACGAGCCUUUUGCUCGAAGCCAAAGUCGUCGUUGUCUGCGACGACCUCGAGGUGUUGACGUCGACCGUGCUUGGCCUUGUCUCGCUCCUCGCACCCCUCACGUGGGCAGGCCCCGUCAUUGCCGUGCUGCCGGCGACGCUGCUCGAGUACCUUGAGGCGCCCGUGCCAUUUCUCAUCGGCGUCCAAGAACUACCGAGCCGAUUCCACAAUAUUCCUGGCCUCGUGCGGGUGUACCCGCUUGACGACUGCGUUCUCUGGGACGAACGCGAGACGAUGCCCACGCACGACCUGCUCGCGGACGAGCUCAGUCCACUUUUUGGCGCCAACGAGCCAUGGACCGCCAGUGCUGUCGAUACCUUUGCACACCAGAUCCACGACGUUAUCCAGUCGCUCCUCGAACCAACGUCGCGAGACCACGCCCUCUCGACCCAGAUCCAGUCGACACAAAUGUACCAGAUUUUUCUCGAAAAACGCCGGGCCCAUCGCCACUUGCCAGUGAUUCCCGAGCAAGUGUCCGACCCGAGCAGCAACACCAACAACAGCAACAACAACAACAGUGAUAACAACAACAACAACAAUCAAGACGAAGCGCAUUGGAGCGCGUCGCUCGGGCAAGGGAUCGAACCCGGGACCACCGUAUCGGCUCUGGACCGACUGCGCGGGCUCUGCGCGCGGGACGAGCCCAAGCACGUGACCGUCGUCAUCAAGAACGUUGUGGCGCUGGCAUCGCCCAAGCAAAAGCAGCCUCCGUGUCGCAACCAGAAGACAAUGACGACGCAGGUGCCCAAGUCGCCGCAUCGCCCCGCAUCGCCUGCCAAAGAGCCCUUUAAACAACUCAAUUGUGCGUUCAAGCCAGAUGAGACGAAUGCGCAUACGAAGCGCCGACCGUCGAAAACGAGUCCGCUCGUAGCGUCGGAUGUGGUUCUCGAACCCGAGUCCGUUCGCGCUCCAGAAGACGCGCCGUUGCAACGUGUACCAAGCGUCCGCGAGGCCAGUGUCGAGGCCCUCGAACCACCACAUCUCUCGCGAGACGAGUCCAUCCAGCACAUUCAGCGAUGGUGGCGGCAACGCAAGCCUGCGGUGGCCGCUCCUGUCGAGCCCAGCGUGCCCAGUCGCACGCCUGCACCGAUCAAGCCAACGCCCCCUCGCCGCUUCUCCGCGCCACUCGUCUCCACCGGGCAGGCUUCCUUGUCCCGCGCCCCGUCCAGCACACAAAGUAGCAUCUCAAUCCUUCUCGACGGUGUCGCCGUGCUCAAGUUGAGUCGGCGCCGCCACCACUGGAACAAGCGCUGGCUCUUCUGCGACAGCAGCGGCGAGCACUUGCUCUGGGAGAAGACCGAGUCCCGAAGCAAGACGACAACCAAAGCACCGAUGCGCGUCGACGCCAUUCUCGACAUUGCAGUUGGCGCCGAUCUCAAGCCCUCGACGUACCUUCGAACCGUCAACACGCUCUUCGCAACGACAGGUAUGGACACAGAGACGCUCGUGUCGCCGACAGGCGACCGGCUCCCACCCGACAACCUCUGCCUCACGCUGCACACGGCGCUCGACGACAGCGCGCUCGUGUUCAAAUUCGAGUCGAAAGAGGUCUUCGACCAGGUUCUGCUCGGCCUCAACGCCCUCUACAAGCAGCGACGCAGUGCGCCGCCACGCGACCGAGACAUCACAACGAGCAGCGAGCAGUUCUCGACGGCGUCGUUGGUGCCGAUCGACGACGAGCGAGCGACGCUCGAGCACUUUCUCCUCGACCUCAAACGCGGGUUCCGCAUCAAAAAGCACGGACGGCAGGGAGCGCCGCACGCACGCAUGCUGCGCUGCGACGCCGAGGUCAAGAUCGUCUCGUGCACCGAGAUGGAGCUUUCGUCGUCGCCGAGCAAAGUCCGUCACUGGCGUGGCCGCAAAGACAAGUCCAAAAAAACCAUUCUGCCCAUCGACACCAUCUCGGACGUCCAUUUGAAAGACGGCCUUAGCCCGCUGCGGAGCCUCCUGUACGGCCGCGCCGAGUGCAUUGCGAUCGUGAGCUCGGUCAAGACGCUCGUCGUUAGCACGGAAUGCAGCGCCGACCAGGCACGGCUGCUUGACGGCUUCCAGCUCCUCAUCAAGUACUACGGCACGCAUACAGUGAGCAGCAACAGCGGCGCCAAAGCCAGUGUCUAA